AUGGCUUCACCUAACGGUUUUUUUAACCACUUAACCUAUUUUCUGGCUGCUGGUGCUGUUACUUUGGGAAUUGGUUUCUUUGCUUUGGCAUCGGCUUUGUGGUUCCUGAUUUGCAGACGAAGAGAAAUAUUUCAAAAUUCCAAAUCCAUGGCAACUGCUAAGAGAUGCAGGCAAAGACCACCAAAGAUGAGGACUAAAUCUCAUUCUCAGUGUGUUUUUAUUUCUCGAAAUUUUCAUACUGGAAGAUUCCAAUUACAGGAGGACCAAAGAAAAAAGGAAACAGAGCAUAUAAAAGCAAGUAAAGAUAACUCUAAAGAUGAGUCAGCGUUUGCAACAAAAAAGGUCAUUUGUGACCCCUCAGAGACUAGCUCAGCAACAAAUACAACCAGUAUUACAGUAAGCUUAUCAACACUAUCAUCUGAUUCUUAUUACAGCCGAAGUAUAGAAGCAACAGAUGACUGGUUUUCUGAUGAUUUUCUAGAGAAAAAGAACUCUCCAAUACCUCUUCUCAAGGAACCUCUAAUGGAAAAAGUAUUUCAUUACUUGUCAACCAUUUCAUUGGAAGAUUGUAAUGAAAAUGUACUGACUAAGACACAUUUUGAUGAUCAAAAAGAUGACAGCAUUAAGGAAAAAAUUUCACGAAGAAAUACAGAGGUUGAAAUACAAAACCUUCAAAAUGAUAUUGAAUGA